CACCGCUGGUCUUUGCUGGACACCAUGAACCACACUGUCCAAACCUUCUUCUCUCCUGUCAACAGCGGCCAGCCCCUCAACUAUGAGAUGCUCAAGGAGGAGCAUGAGGUGGCUGUGCCAGGGGUGCCCCACAGCCCUGCUCCCCCGACAUCCACUGUGAUCCACAUCUGCAGCGAGACCUCCGUGCCCGACCAUGUUGUCUUGUCCCUGUUCAACACCUUCAUGAACCCCUGCUGCCUGGGCUUCAUAGCAUUCACCUACUCCGUGAAGUCUAGGGACAGGAAGAUGGUUGGCGACCUGACCGGGGCCCAGGCCUAUGCCUCCACCGCCAAGUGCCUGAACAUCUGGGCCCUGAUUUUGGGCAUCCUCAUGACCAUUCUGCUCAUUGUCAUCCCAGUGUUGAUCAUCCAAGCCCAUCGAUAGAUCAGGAGGCAUCACUGAGGCCAGGAGCUCUGCCCAUGACCUGUAUCCCAUGUACUCCA